GUGAGACACGGACUCUUCGAGCCAAUGGCAGCACUCCUGUAAGCUGGACUUCCUGGUUUGGUUUGUGUUUCUCCGUUGAUCAUGGCUGCUGAAGGCGAUUUCCUGGCGAGAUACCGAGCUGUGUCAAAUAAACUGAAAAAACGUUUUCUUCGAAAGCCCAAUGUAGCGGAGGCGAGUGAGCAGUUUGGUCAGUUGGCCAAGGAGCUGAAGCAGCAGGACUGUCUUCAGUAUGCAGCCUUCUGUAACCUGGCUAUGGCUCGGUGUGAGCAGACUCUCUUUAAUGCUCCUGGAGAGGCCCUGGCAUUAACCGAUGCUGCCCGCCUCUUUCUCUCAUCGGAGAAGGAGAACAGAGCGCUGCAGGCCCCUGGCUUCGAUGAACACCUUCAGGCUGCACUAAACUGCUACAGUUUUGCCAUCAAGGUCUACAUUGAGAUGAACCAGCCUGUGAUGGCAGCCAGCCUGUGUUUGGAACUUGGCAAUGCACUAAAGGAGAUGAACAGACCAGGAGAGGCUAUUGUUCAUUACCAGAGGGCUGCAGAGUUACAGACACAGACACCAAUCGAAGCUCUGCUGUCGAUGGGAGAAAUGGCCACGUGUAAAAUUCUCACCCGUGACUAUGAUGGUGCUUUAUCAGUGUUCACAGAGAUGCAGCUGGUGUGCCAGGAGAGAGGACUGCAGCUCCCAGGCACCACCACCCCUGUUGGUGCAUUUCUGGACAUUGUGGCAAAAUGUGAGAUAUCCAGAGUACUGCUGCUAAUGCUGCUUGAGCCUCCACCUCAGAAGUUGUUACCAGAACAUGCCCAGACUCUGGAGAGAUAUGCAUGGGAGUCUUUUGACCCUCACAGCCAAGUGACCUUCUUGCCUGAGAAUGUUUUCCUGCUCCUGCAGUCAGUAGUGAUGGCGUGUCAGGAGAAAGACACAGAGUCCCUCAAGUCUCUCCAGACUGAGCUAUGGCCGUUUCUCACUGCUGAGCAGAACCAUCUUCUCCACCUGGUGGUGCAGGAGCGCAUCACACCGUCUGGGCAAGGCAUUUAGUGCAGUCCAGUUUUUACUCACUUCCUCUGGGAACGAUACUUUAUAUAAUGGAACAUUCCGGUUUCUGACUGGGUCUGUUGUAAGGCCUGAAGAAGGGUUGUUUUCAAACCUCCAAUGUUGUAACUUGCACUCGCAGAAAUGCACACAAUACAGUACUUUAUCGUCACCGAGCAGGUUUGGAAAUCAGUGAAAAUCUAAUUCCAUUUUCUUCCUGUUGUCCUUAUUUACUGUGAUUGGAAGAUUUUUGUUGACAGGAUGUUACUUAAAGACUAAUUUUCUGUGUGCUCUUGUUUGAGUGAAGGCUACAAAAUUAGGCCCCUUCAUAUGUGUAUUUAUGAUGUAAAAGUGACCCGUUUUGGAUCUUGUAGAAUUGAUUGUGUCUAUAGCUGUUUAAUAGAUAAAACGUGAAUGCUUUGUGUUAUAUUUGGUUUUAUUAAUAAACGAUAUGGCUUAAAAUUCCAAUGUAAAUAACAAACAAAUCCUUCUGUUGCAUAGUUCUGUAUCAUGGUGAAAUGAAACACCAUUGUCCUCCAUCCCUGGUUCACUUUUUGUUCACUUGUACAAAUGCAUGUACUUUUCUGAUCAUAGCAGCCAAAUACAGACACAAAAUCAGACAAGGUUAAUAAAAGACAGUCAAUACAAAAUGCUACAAAAAUAUAAUGGUUACAAUGUACAUAGAUUUAAAAAAGGAUACACUAUACUUCAGUUGUAGAAUAAUGAUACAUAAUAAAACUACUUGUACUGUAAA